GGACUACGCUACCCAGCAUGCCCAACAGGAAGGGACGAACGGAACCGCAUUGGGACGGAGGUCGUGGGGCGCGCCAAGGAGUGUUGUGGGUGUGUGAGGGGCGGCUGAGGUGCUGAAGAGUUCCCGGACCUGAUCCGAGCGGGCGCCCGCGUGAGGCGAUUCCAUGGCGGACCGCGCGCGCCCUUGGAGUCUGGAGGAGCUGCGGAGCGACGCGCUGCCCAAACGGGAGAUUAUCCACUUUCUGCAGGAGCAAGCGGCACACAGGUUUCUUGCAGAGCACAAGUUGCUUGGUCAGAUAAAAAAUGUGGCUAAAACUGCUAGUAAGGAUCAGUUAAUAACAGCAUACAACCAGCUUUUUGAAACAAAGAGCUUUAAGGACACAGAGAGUACUGAGCAAGUGGCAGAACAGGUGAAAAAUGUCAAGAUUGAUGAAGGCCAACCCAAAAAGACAAAAUCUGAAGAAGUUAUUGAUGAGGCUUCCCCAAAAUAUACCAAGUCAAUUCUGAAAAGGGGGGAUAAAAUUAACUUUCCAAAAAAGGGUGAUGUUGUUCACUGCUGGUAUACAGGAAAGCUGCAAGAUGGAACAGUCUUUGACAGUAAUAUUCAAACAAGUUCAAAGAAAAAAAAAGCAUCUAAACCAUUGAGCUUCAAGGUUGGUGUUGGAAAAGUGAUUCGAGGUUGGGACGAAGCCUUACUGACAAUGAGCAAAGGGGAAAAGGCUAAUUUGGAAAUUGAGCCAGAAUGGGCUUAUGGGAAGAAAGGGCAGCCUGAUGCCAAGAUUCCACCCAAUGCAAAACUUUUCUUUGAAGUUGAACUCGUAGAUAUUGAAUGAUGGAUUGUCUCCUCUUCAGUCUUGAAUAAUUGUGAAGAUACUUCUGAUUUCAGGGAAAUGCAAAUGUGGCCUUUUAUCUGAUAGAUGGAGGAGUCAAAAGCUCUUGUUGCAAUUACAGUACAAUGUCUGUAUAACUAAAAACUAGUUUAUAUGUG